AUGUCUCCACCUCUCAACAAUACAUCCAAGUUCCCUAAUACUUCUUACAUCACCAACGAAAAGAUCCAUCGCAAAGCUGGAGCCAACGCUGAGGUUUCGAUUUCGAUUGACGGCAUUGUGCGCAAUGAAGUCGUCGACUACACUCAAGUCUACAGCAACGGAAGAACUCUUCCUUUCCGAUCUGCCAGAUACGAUUCCUCCUCUUACGAGUUCGUUACCGACCUCUUCAAGAACAUGGAUCGCGAUACCAGGGAGGAGUAUCUGAAGAACCAUUGCUUCGAAUUGGUCGUCGACGAGCGCAGUUUCCGCCACGGUCACGACGAGCGAGACUUCUUCGAGCAAUUAUUCCGCAUGAAGCCUACCCUUUCACUUAUUCAAAGAUUGAAGGUCAAGAUCAUCGUUCCUCUCGGUGGAUGCCCAAUUUUGUCAGACCAGAAUUACGCCGAGUCUCCAACUCGUGCAUUCCUGAUCGGCGUCGCCAAUGAAAUUAAUUACUUUCACUCUCUGAAGCGGCUCGAUGUUGUCUUAGCUCUAUCCAAGAAUUUCGAGAAUUAUGAAUUCUGGGACUUAAUGGUCUAUGCCCUGCCCUUCUGUACCUUGAAGAACUUUCCACCCUGGAGAUUGAUGCAUCAGGAUCCAGGUAUGUUUCCGCCAGAGAAAGUGAGAGGAAGUUAUGUCAAGAGAGUCAAUGAGAAGGCCGCACAGCUCGAGAAGCGCAAGAGACAGGCGGUCAAAGCUAAGCUGGAUGCGGAAGAUGCUAUUGCUAAUGCUUCACGCAUUAUUCCCAGCGCCUUUCACAAGGAGACGAAGGAGAACAAGGAGGUGACGAAGAAAGUGACUUGGGUAGGACUACUCUGA